AUGUAACAUUUUUCAUUGUUUUUAGAAUUGUCAUUUAAUAUUUUCUCUAAACAAUUUAUAUGGUUUGUAACAGUCAUUGAAACCAAAUGGCAGAAGCAAAGCAAUCUCAAGGAUGUCCUUUGGCUAUGCUUGCACAAACAUGCAGCAAGAUACAACCAUCAGAGUCGACGGAAGAUCAAACACCUACAAAAGCUAAGAAAAUUCCAAUCAAAAUUGCUCCGAAAUUCUACGCUUUGAAGAAUCAAAGCCUUGUUGGCUGUUCGCCGAAAAUUAUGGUCAAAUUGGCUACCACAGAAGCUCCAAACGUAUCUCAAUCUGCUCAUAGACCUAUAUUUACCGUUCCAUUAGCUGAUAUUGAAAAAACGCAAAGUAUUUCGCUGCAUACAGUUCCUAAUGUUGUUACAAAUGGAAACUCUUCGGAGCAACCUGCUUUAAUAGAACAGGCUCGUCCUCCUCAAAUAUUUCAAUUGGUGGAACCUAGUUCCGCUGUUGCUUUAAUUAGAAGCGACCCUUCUCAAGGACCUGUUAUAUUAGCUCCUAAAAUGACUGCAACAACUGUACCUACCGCAAAUACUAAUUAUAAUCCUCAGUUAAUGAGCAGAAAUUUGAAGCAGAUAUCUGCAAAUACUUUUAUUCCUUCUGUGCGAGAAAAUACACAGUUGAAUAUACAAGAUUCUACAGGGCCAGCCCAAAUCAAUAUAUGCACACAAGAUAAUAAUGGAUAUGGCAAUGCAAAUGCUACAAUACAAAUCAUGAUGCCCCCUAACACUCCGUUAACAAGUUUGCAAUCAAUUUUGCAACUUGCUGCUAAUGCUACAAAACAAUAUCAAUCUACUGGUAAUGAUUAUCAACAAGGACUAAAUAAUACUCAGGAUAGUGGUACCGCCGAUAGCGUUAUGGAUGAUAGUAACAUCAGUGAUAUGAUUGAUUUUGAUAGUGCAGAAAUGUCAACACCGAUACCAGAACGGCCAACGAUAGCAAGAAAAAUGCGCACCCAAUGCAGUUGUGCAAAUUGUAUAAAUCGUAGAAUAAAUCCCAAAUCUUUCACCUCAAAAAAACGCACUCACAUAUGCUCAUUUGAAAAUUGCAAUAAAGAAUUUGGUAAAACGAGUCAUCUAAGAUCACAUAUGCGUACACACACUGGUGAAAGACCAUACGCAUGUGAAAUUCCUUUUUGCAACCGAAAAUUCACACGCUCAGAUGAAUUGCUACGUCAUCAUCGAACUCAUAGUGGGUUGAAAAAAUUUGAAUGUAGUUAUUGCGAUAAAAGAUUCACUAGAAGUGAUCAUUUGAAAAAGCAUACAAAGAUUCAUACAAGAUGAAUUAUUUAUUAUCUGAAUUUCGAAUUACAACUUUUUUCAAGAAAUAAUACUUUAUCAUUGCGAUCUUUCUUAUUAUCUGCAAAUCUGUUAUUUAUGCAUCAUGAAACUCUUUCGUAUUCAUUUCAAUGGAUUCUACCCUGGAUUUUGACCCCAGAAAAUUUUUCUUACACUAUCAUUGAAAUAUUUUUGAUGCUCAUUUUAGGAGUUUUUCACCAUUUAUUUUCACAAUAUCUAAGCAUCUAACUUUGAUGAAGUAUUGGCAGCUAUUUUCUGCCCAAUGUGUCUUAGACCUUGGAGAUAAUUGUUUGGAAACUUUAACUAAUCUAAUUAUAGUACUAUUGAAGUACUAUAGUUGAAAUAUAUUUGUUCGAAGAAGUCUAGACUUCAUUCAGCCAGGCGAACUGUUAUAGAAAUUAUUUUGUAUUAUCCUGCAGCAAUACUUUUAAAUUAACUUAAAUUGAAUAGUUUUGAUUUAUAUUGUCUUUUUUCCUUUUUUUGUAGGAAGUAAAACCAAGUUUAUUUGCAAUAUAUUGGUCAGAUGUUUCAAACAGAAAUAUUAAAAAUAAUUCCUAAAAUCAAGAAUUAACUUUAUCAAAUGAAAUUUUUUGAUUUGUUUUAAACAACCCUGCCCAACCAAAGUUUGCUUUUUCUGGUUUGAUUGACUAUUCUUGGAUUUUUGAUAAAUUUAAGUUUACCGUAAGUUCUAUAAUACAUUUUUAUAUUAUUGAAUAUUUGUACAAUCACUAUUCAGAUUACUUUGACUUGAUUUUUUGUUUAGUUUUCUUGUUGCUAUUUAUACGUGAAUAUCCCUGUGACCAAAUAGUGAAGCACGACAUGAUGAAUGUUCUUAAAAACUAUAAUUUAUUUGACAGAAUAGAUAAUCAUAAAUUGGAAUUCAUGUUCUGGAAUUACGUCUCAUAUUUUGAAUUGAAUGUUUGAAAACAUCAUCUUAUUGUUAUUUGAAUUUGUGUUCCGAAUAUUAUUGUAUUCAUAUUUUGGUGUCCAAACAUAAUUACAGUGAAAUCAUAGUUAUCUUUUUUUUUCAUAAUUUUAUACAUUUCAAGCAUGUAGGGUCCUGAUAUUUAUUUCAAGAGAUAGGAAAGUUCAUAAGACGGAUUCAUCCUAUGGGGAACCAGACCAUAGUCUCGCACUCAGUCAUCGGUCCAGACUUGUGGGCUAGACAAAUGUUUCAGAUGCAUGGACAUUGUUUGUAUCAUUACAACAAAGGGUGUAAUGGCCUUGUGUUGAUGCUGAACUUCAUUAUGUUGUCAAUAUUGCCAUCAAGAGAUAGCCCCUGACCUCUUACAUGUAACCUUUGCAGGCCCAAUUCCAAGUGUGUACUGAUUUUAUAAUUUGGGUAUAAAAGCCUAUCUGAAAUGAUAGAUUGAUAGUGUAAAGCAAAUGCAAAGUAAACAUUUUUUUAAAAAUAUCAUGUACCGAAAAUAAUAUUUGGCUGGUUGCUAACACUUGUGUAAAUGUUGUUUUGCUUCAACUUAUACUGCCAAGUAUAUUUGAGAGAUUGCAGAUUUUUGUUUGAAGAUAUUUACAGUUAAUUGUAAAAUUUGUAUUUUGCUGGAUAUUUUCUCUAUUCUCAUAUUUUGUUGGUGUUUUUUACCAGAAA